AUGGCAGCGAAUACUUCUCAAUUAUCCGUCUCUCAGCAGAACCCUCUGUAUAGAACCACAACGGAAGUAGAGGAUAAAAAUUUUCCGGUGCAUUCGUCGGAUGCAAAUUUAGAAGGUGUUUGGUUCAUCUUCAAAGUAAUCGAUUCCCAUCCAUACAAGCAUAGAGAUAACGAGCAUGCAGAUGGCCUGCGAAUGAUGAAAAAUGGGAAAAGCACAGACGCAGUGUUGACGACGUUUCGUCAAUUGUUCUCGUCUGGCCUUCAGCUCUAUGUUAUCGAGAGCUUUAUGACCGUCUUUCCAGUCAAAGAAUAUGUAAAUAUGGAACAAUAUCCUGUAUCUGGUGGAAAAAUAUCUACUUUAGCUACUUAG